CGCUCCCACAUUGCACAAAAAACCGAAGACAAUAAUAUCAUCGUUGAGUGGUCAUUGAUUCCGGAACCCGCAUCAUGGGCAUAAUCAAUUCGGUGCAAGCAAUCAAGAUCCGGCGAAAUGGCGAACUCGUGCUGCUCGCACAGUAUCGCACGUUCUUGGUGGAGAAGUGUCCUGACUUUGCCUUUGUACGCUGCAAAAUCACUCCUGCGAUCCAACACCGCGUGUUGGCCAACUGGGAAGCCAUUGCAUGUGGCCACACCCCCGCGAUGCGAGCCAAAGGACACUCGUCCCCUGUCGUGUACUUUUACGACAGCUUUUACACGCGACUGUUUGAAGUGGCCCCCGAGGUGCGCUCGCUGUUUCGAUCGUCGAUCAUCGUGCAAGGCAAGGCGCUGAUCAACAUUGUCCAGAGCAUUGCCAAUGGCGUCAACUCCGCCGACGCUAUUGCCAACGUCGUCGAAUUGGCAUAUCGCCACAACCAAUACGGCGUGAAAAUGCAAUACUACAACGUGCUGGGGCGCGUGCUGCUGGAAGUCCUCCGAGAUUGCACUGGGCACGAGUUGUGGACAAAUGAGUUGGACGUGGGUUGGCGGACAGUGUAUGCGUACAUGAUGACGACGAUGGCUCCAAUUUUAUACCAUGGCGUGACCCACCCCACAGAGCGCGACAAGGCCAUGGCAAAACGAGGGCGCUAUCGCCAUAAUAUGAAGAGAAAGCGGUACUCAAGUGUCCAACCGGUUGCAGUGUCACUGAAUUCCCUCCUUCCAGAAUCUAGUGCGUCAGAGUGCCCCGUCAAGCAGCUCGCGUGGAGGGAGCCCCCGUCGUAACUUGGCAGCACAGUCAACAGUUCGGGUCCAAUUAAUACAGUAUCUAUCGUCGCGU